AUGUUCACAAAUCUUAGAUCUACAGACAACACUAUUAGACAAUAAGCAGAAUAGGAAUUAUAUGCUUAAGUUGCAGCAAAUCCUAUUGCAAUCCUUGAAUAGUUUUUAAUAGCAAUGUAAAACAAAGAAGACACAGAAUUUGUAUCUAUAUUAUUAUCUAAAACUAUUUUUGAAAAUGAAGAGAAUAUUAGUAAAUUAGAAUGGAGUCAUGUUGAAGCUGUUCUUAAAUUUUGUGUUAGUGAAUUGAAAUAAGAAAAUAAAAUAUCUCAUCUUAAGAGAAUGUGUGAUUUGGCGGUAAAAGGAUUACUCAAGUUCACAAAAUAUGAUGAAAUGAUUAUGUUACUUUUUGAAAUAGGUAGAAGUGCUUAAACUUUAAAUUAAAAGUUAGCAACAAUGUACUAUAUAGAAAUCAUGUGUGAAUUUGCUUUAUGUGAUGAAUAAUUAAUUAAACACAGUUAAUAAUUGAAUGAAAUAUUUUCAGCAUUUUUGAAUGAUUAAUCUCCAUAAGUAAGAGCAGCAACUUGUUAGGGAAUAAGUAGUUUCUUAGUUUCAAUUGAAGAAGAAUCAUUAUUGAAUAGAUUCAGUAAUAAUGCAGUAGUGUUAUUAUAAUAAUUUGCAUAAGUUAUGUAAGUUGAUUAAGAAGCAUCAGUACAAGCAUUAUAAUCAAUAAAUGAAUUAUUAGAAAACCAUCCUAAAUUCAUGAAAAAUCUAUAUGGAGAAUUAUUGAACAUUUAUACUUAAUUAUUGGGAUCAUAGUCAACAGUAUCAUUGAAAAAGGCAGCACUUCAUGGUCUAUAAACAUUAUGUUAAAUAGCCCCAGCAUUUAUAAGAAAGAGUGAGUAAUUUAAAACAUAAUCUAAUCUAAUGAUUAUGAAGAUGUUAACAGAAGUAGAUAGAAAAGAUUGGGAAAAUACUUUUGAUGAUAAUUGUUUAUAAUUAAAUGAUUUAUCAAGUGUUGCAGAAGAUUGUUUAGGUAAAAUGGUUAGAGAUUUGGGAGUAAAAUAUUUGUUACCUAUUUUUGUUCCACUUAUUAUGUAAGCAUUAAGAUCACCUGUAAUUAAUGAAUAACAUGCUGGUUUGAUAGCUAUGGCAACAUUAUCAGAUAAAGCAGCAGAACAUUUCUAGAAUGAAUUACCUAGCAUUAUGGAAUUAAUAUUACCAUUAUCUUAAUCAUAAAAUAAAUUGAUUAUUUAUGAUUUAUUAACAUGUUUAGCAUCACUUUGUUAAGAAUUUACACCAAAGAUUUAAAUUAAUUAUGGAUCAUAGAUUUUAUAAUUGAUAGUUACAUGUAUGUAACAAAAGAUUUCAUAAAAAAUUCAAUAUAUUUCUAUUGCAUGUUUAGUUGAUUUUACUAGAGAAUUAGUAGAAGACAAAGAGGCAGCAAAGAAUGUAUUGACUCCAGUAUCAACCUUUUUGAUUGAAUAAUUAUACUCAGUUAUUCAAACAAAUUUAACAGGUUCAAUAGAUUAAUAAUAAUAAUAAAUAUUAGAAUAAGCACUUUCAGCAUUCAGUGCUUUAGCUACAAGUUUAUAAGAACAUUUCACUUAAUAUUAUGAUUAAAUGAUGCCAUAUAUGAUGUAAAUGAUGUAGACAGUUACAGUUAAUGAAGUAAAAUCAUUAUUAUUAGAAUGUAUUGGUUGUUUCUUAGUAUCUAUUAGUACAACAAGAAAAGAAUAAUGCAAAACUGAUUCUAAUUAAUUAGUUACACAUUUUAUCUAAUAAUAAAAUAAAAUGGAAUCAGAUGAUCCUGCUCAUACAUCUAUAUUCUUCUUCUAUACCUAAGUAGCUACAGCUUUAAGAUGUGAAUUUGGUUAAUACUUAGAUGCUAUAUUCCCAUUAGUUGAAAGAGCUAUGAGAUUAGAUGUUGGUUUUUCAAUCAAUUCAUAGGCUGAAGGAAAGAAUAUUACUAAAGUCAAGUUAGAUCUUAAAUUCUUAGGAAUGAAAAGCUUAUCACUCAAUACUAGUGCUCUUGAAUAAAAAGUAGAAGGAGCUCAUACUCUUGUUAAUUUAGCUGAGUAAUGUGGUAAAUCAUUUUAUCCAUAUAUAACUAAAACAAUAGUUUUAAUGAAAGAAUUCAUUAAUUAUAAACACAGUUCAUAAAUCUAAAAAUCUAUGGCUAAGUGUUCAGAAUAUUUAAUAGCUGCAUGUACACUUGAAACAGAUAUGGCAUAAGUACUUAUUUAAGUUACNGAAUAACAUGCUGGUUUGAUAGCUAUGGCAACAUUAUCAGAUAAAGCAGCAGAACAUUUCUAGAAUGAAUUACCUAGCAUUAUGGAAUUAAUAUUACCAUUAUCUUAAUCAUAAAAUAAAUUGAUUAUUUAUGAUUUAUUAACAUGUUUAGCAUCACUUUGUUAAGAAUUUACACCAAAGAUUUAAAUUAAUUAUGGAUCAUAGAUUUUAUAAUUGAUAGUUACAUGUAUGUAACAAAAGAUUUCAUAAAAAAUUCAAUAUAUUUCUAUUGCAUGUUUAGUUGAUUUUACUAGAGAAUUAGUAGAAGACAAAGAGGCAGCAAAGAAUGUAUUGACUCCAGUAUCAACCUUUUUGAUUGAAUAAUUAUACUCAGUCAUUCAAACAAAUUUAACAGGUUCAAUAGAUUAAUAAUAAUAAUAAAUAUUAGAAUAAGCACUUUCAGCAUUCAGUGCUUUAGCUACAAGUUUAUAAGAACAUUUCACUUAAUAUUAUGAUUAAAUGAUGCCAUAUAUGAUGUAAAUGAUGUAGACAGUUACAGUUAAUGAAGUAAAAUCAUUAUUAUUAGAAUGCAUUGGUUGUUUCUUAGUAUCUAUUAGUACAACAAGAAAAGAAUAAUGCAAAACUGAUUCUAAUUAAUUAGUUACACAUUUUAUCUAAUAAUAAAAUAAAAUGGAAUCAGAUGAUCCUGCUCAUACAUCUAUAUUCUUCUUCUAUACCUAAGUAGCUACAGCUUUAAGAUGUGAAUUUGGUUAAUACUUAGAUGCUAUAUUCCCAUUAGUUGAAAGAGCUAUGAGAUUAGAUGUUGGUUUUUCAAUCAAUUCAUAGGCUGAAGGAAAGAAUAUUACUAAAGUCAAGUUAGAUCUUAAAUUCUUAGGAAUGAAAAGCUUAUCACUUAAUACUAGUGCUCUUGAAUAAAAGGUUGAAGGAGCUCAUACUCUUGUUAAUUUAGCUGAAUAAUGUGGUAAAUCAUUUUAUCCAUACAUAACUAAAACAAUAGUGUUAAUGAAAGAAUUCAUUAAUUAUAAACACAGUUCAUAAAUCUAAAAAUCUAUGGCUAAAUGUUCAGAAUAUUUAAUAGCUGCAUGUACACUUGAAACAGAUAUGGCAUAAGUACUUAUUUAAGUUACUCCUAUGCUCAUUACUGAAUUCACUAUGUUCCUAAAUAGUAAAUCUUAUGAUAGAGCUGCUGAAAUUGCAGAAGUAUUAGCUAAUUGUUUGAAUUAAGUCAAAGCACCUAUUUUAGAUUCUACUAUUAUUGAUUCAAUGUAUUAGACUUGUAAUAAGGCUCUUACUGCAAUAGUAAAAACUAAAGAAUCAAUUACUUAUGAAGAUGAAGAAUAAUUUGAAGCUGAUUGUGAAGAAAUUGAUUCAUUACUUGAUCACAUUACCAAUAUUGCAACUGAAUUAAUAUCUAAUCAUAAAUGUGAAUCUAUUUAAACUAUGAUGCCAACUUAUUACUCAUUUUUAAAUACUAAAUCAACUAAAUCAUAGACAAUUAAUUCUAUUGCAUUUUUCAAUAUUGUUUUACCUCUUUGCAAUGAAUCAGUAUUUUAAUAAGCACAAAAUGAAAUCUUAAAAUGUUAUUCCACUUUUUCGAAAACAGCUGAUCUAGAAAUGAAAUAAAAUUUACUCUUUGGUUAUGGUAAUAUUGCAAAAAGACUUCCAACUCUUGAUACUACUUAGAUUAUUGAAUUAGCUUAAACAAUCAUUGAAUAACCAGAUUGUAAGCAUGUUGAUAAAGUGGCAUCAUAUGAAACUGCUUUAACAACCUUAGGUAAAGUAGCUAUGUAUUGCAAUAUUCCUUAAAAAGAAUAACUUCUUAAUAAAUUCUUAGAUUCCCUUCCACAUGAAUACCAAGAUAGCCAAGAAACUCAUUUAAUGUUUAUAAAAGAAGUAAUAUUAUAAUUUAUUAUAAAUAGGUUUAAAAUAACAAUCCAACAUUGAUUUAAUUUAAAGAUAUAGUUAUCUAAACUUUGAAUAGAAUUAAAACUUAAGAUUGCAAUAAUCCUGAAAAUGAAUUGUUAUGUGAUGAAGGAAGAAAAUUGAUUUCAUAAUUAUUAUGUUGA